AUGGAGCCCCUCCGCCGCCUCUUCAGCCAUGCCUCGCUCGCAGAGGCUGGCAGCGCCGACCUGUAUGCAGAGCGCCCGCCGUCGCCACAAGAACGGAUGCCAAGUGACAACGUCGGUCAGGAGAUAGGCCUGCACUGGGGCCCGCCCGUCAGCCUCAGAUCCGUCUUCAGCCCCAUUCCCGGCGCUGCAACACAAGCUGCGCACCUCAGCGACUCGGAACUGCCGUCCACCUCGCCAUCGGUCUACCUGGCAUCCACCGCCAUGCGCAGGUCCUCUCGGCUCGACGAAUCCGCCGGCGAAGGGCUGCGCAGGAGCGUCCUCGUGCGCAACGCCAUGCUGUCGAGCCUCGAGCGGGAGAGGCUGUCUCCGAGGCCCCCGUUUGACGAGCCGCAGCAGGCUCUGCGAGGCGAGCUGGGAGCCCAGGGAGUUCACCCACCCCUUCGUCGCGACGAGGAAGACAGGCUGGCGAUCCGGUCAGCGGGCCCAAGCAAGGAGACGCACCUCAGCGGAUCCGAAAACGGCCCCGAGGUCCGCCCGUCGACAAGCUCGCGCGAGCACUUCGAGCGAGAAGUGCAGUGGUUCGAGGACCUGCUGAGCGAGCUGGGCUCAAACGACGAAGAGGCGACCGCGAUCGAGUACGACGACGAUUUCGUCGCCGUUGAGCUUCCGGACGAGGACUCUGUCGCUGCUGAUGAGGUCGCCCAGCUCGAGAUGGGUGCAGAAGCGGUGUCCACCUUCGACUCGGGCUUUGCGGAGAGGCGCUCGCCCUCCUCCUCGACCGCUUCUGGACCCCGGCUGGGCUACCCAUACAUCUGCCCCUACCCAUCUACGGCGAUGCUGGCGGGCAGCGUGUCGUCCGAGGAGCUGCCCGCGCUGGUCGAAGACAACAGCGAUGCCGAAGACGACGACGAUGACGAUGACGAAGAGGAUGACCAAGACGAAAACGUCACGCCGCUGGCAGAGCCGGAAGGCAAUCCCCUCGCCGAGGCGCUCCUCUCGCGUCCUCUGUCGCCGGUCGAGGCUGUCGAGCGGGAGAACGCCCUAUUCGCGGGCGCAUUCUCGCCGCCCUCGACCCGACCCGGCUCUCCGACGCUAUCGUCCUCGUCCAAGGGCGACUCGGAGCAGUCGAGUCCCAACGGCGCGUGCGAGAACCUCUCGAACCUCUCGCUGCUCUCGGAGCUGGCCAUGAGAUCUGCAGCGACCCGCGGCAGGCACGGCGAGAGUCUGGAUCUGGCGCUGGCCCGCAUCUGCGGCGGCGGCGGCGGCUCCAACUUUGCCACCCUGAACAUCGAUACGAUGGCGCUUGCAGCGGCACCGGCGCAGCCCUCGCAGCCCAUGCCACCACGAGCGCCGCCCGUUGCCUGUCGAUUUCUCUGGCAGACAUCGGCGGACCAGCACUGCCGUGGGCAGUAUCCCUGCUGCAGCGUCGUGCGAGAGUUCGGCUCCUCGCCAUCACUCGCCACGGCUAGCUGCGGACCGUCCAUUUCAGCGACGGCAUUGGCCUCCGGCAACGUCGACAGUCCGAUGUGCUGCACCAUGGCCAACGACCUCGGAGCUGUCCGUCGAGGACAGAACGUCGUCAACCACUGGUCCGCCGCCUGA